GUUUUUUAAUAGCAUACAAGGAGGAAAGAGACUGUACUGUCUCUGAGAGCAGAACACAAUCUGCAGUUAACUUGUAAAGCGGUCUCCACCCUACCACUCGCAGACUUCCCAGAGUCCCUAGCAGCGCGGCUCGGAGGCUUAUGGGAAUUGUAGUCGUGAGGCCCGCGUCACUACUCCGAGGACUCUGGGUACCGCCGCCCGCGCUACAGUCUGCGCGCUUGCGCGAACGAACGGGCAAUCGCCCUUCCCCCACCUGCCAUCGCGAGUGGGUAACAGGGCCCCCUUUCCACGCGCUUCGUGACCCGGGACCGCGGGUGGAUGCUAAACCCCUUCAGUUGUGCCUUUGUGCUUCAGUGCCUUUGCCAACCGCAGAAAAUGAUGGGGUCCCAGCCCCUAGCUCUGAUGAAUCACUCGUGAAAUGAGAGCGGGCUGUCUAAUUACUGCAAGACUCCUCAGUUCAUAGCAAGAACCCUGGUUUAGACGACGACAUGCUCCCAGGUGUCCCCAGCCCAGGAAAGAGGACGUGUGGUGUGAGUGUGCACACCUGGGCUAAGAAAUGCACCGUCUGCUCCCGUGAUGCCAUCUCAGCUGAACCCUUCUAGCAGGGAUCGGUUUCAUUCACUGAUGUAACUGUGGACUUCACCCAGGAGGAGUGGGAGCAGCUGGACCCCUCUCAGAGGAUUCUGUACAUGGAUGUAAUGCUGGAGAACUACAGCAACUUACUCUCAGUGGAAGUGUGGAGGGCCGAUGACCAGGUGGAGAAGGACCCCAGGGACCCAGAUGAACAGAUGAAACCACGUAUAACCCUCAAGAACCAACAACCAAUUGAAGAAAGAGGAGGUCUUUUUGGAAAGACAUUAACUCUGAACACGGACUUUGUUUCGUUAACACAAGUUCCCUAUAAGUACGACUUACACGAAAAGACUUUGAAAUGCAAUUCCGACUUACUCAGCAGUGGAAGCUGUGUGAGGAGGAAGGGCGAGGAGCGCAGUGGGUUUGGGAAGCCACUUCUGUACCUGAAGCAAGAAAGGCCCCGUGCUGGAGUAGAGUACUCAGGAUACAGCGGGCACGGGAAGGCUCUCAGCCAUAAAGAAGUCGUCUUCAAACAUCAGAAAAUGAAGAGUCUGGUUCAGCCUUUUGUCUGCAACUACUGCGACAAAGCCUUCUCCUUCAAGUCGCUCCUCAUUAGCCACAAGAGGAUACACACGGGAGAAAAACCCUACGAGUGUAACGUGUGCAAGAAAACCUUCUCCCAUAAGGCAAACCUCAUCAAACACCAGAGAAUUCAUACCGGAGAGAAACCGUUUGAGUGUCCUGAGUGCGGAAAAGCGUUUACCCACCAGUCAAACCUUAUUGUUCACCAGAGAGCGCAUAUGGAGAAGAAGCCGUAUGAGUGUAGCGAGUGUGGAAAGACAUUUGCUCAGAAGUUUGAACUCACCACACACCAGAGAAUUCACACAGGAGAGCGACCCUAUGAGUGCAACGAGUGUGCAAAAACCUUCUUUAAGAAGUCAAACCUCAUCAUACAUCAGAAAAUUCACACGGGGGAGAAACGCUAUGAGUGCAGCGAGUGUGGAAAGUCGUUUAUCCAGAACUCCCAGCUCAUCAUCCACAUGAGAACUCACACUGGGGAGAAGCCCUACGAGUGUACUGAAUGCGGCAAAACCUUUAGCCAGAGGUCAACGCUCAGACUGCAUUUGAGAAUCCACACGGGAGAAAAACCCUACGAAUGUACUGAAUGUGGGAAGGCCUUCAGCAGAAAGUCUCGGCUCAGCGUCCAUCAGAGGGUCCACACAGGCUAGGUCCUGCGGCUCCAGUCAGAUUAUACCAUGGACAGCCAUCAAAGCAGAAUUCUUCCAUCGAGGGAGAAACCUUGAUGAAGAAUACUGAAGGAACUUGGGGGAUUGUAUUGAGAUGCAAACUAACUCAAAAAAAAACUUAAGAGGAAAGGAUACCAUAAGAAUAUAUUGAAAAUUAGUAUCCAUAUGUAUUUCAUACAUGUAUCUCCAGAUCCAAUUCUGAAUAGAUACACCCAGCUCUAUUUCUAGGAGCUUUAUUGAUUUUUGUGCUGUUGGGACUCAGACCUAGGGUCUUGUCUGUGCUAGGCAGGUUUUUUUUAACCACUGAUCUACAUCCCCAGUCUACAGUGAUCUUUUUAAAAUUUUAAAUUGAAUAUUCUAGGAGGAGAAAUAAAUUGUUUUAAAUCUGUUAAGUUUAACACAGCUGCUGGAAUUUGAAAUUCUCAUCUAUGAAAUUGCAUCACAGUAAACAAGGUUUUCCAUACUCAACAUCACAUAUGCACCACAGAACCUUUCCAGCCCAGUGUGCAUCCAAAAACCAUGGGAUGGACCUUCAUGUAGCCAGCUCAUACACGUUGGUGUGGCCCUUGUUAAUGAGCUGUUGGUUUUAACCUGGUUCUGGGUUUGAAGAUGUUCCAGAGCAUUAUUUAUAGAAAUAAGCAAAGGUGUGACAUAAUUGAUCCAGAGAGUGGAAGAGGCAGCUGUGGACUCUGACUUGGCACCCGGUACAGAAUUGUGCUGGGCAGGCAUUUCCUCCUCUGCCAUGCUCUUGUUCUUUCUCCCUGAGAUGUUUACAUACAAGUGCAUGUCUGGCUCCAAAAUACUGUGUACCCUGCCUUUUGGUGUUCAAGCACUUUAUAAGAGUAUUUUCUAUUGCAAUGACAAAACACCGUGACCACGGCAGCUGUAAAAGAAGGUAUUUGAGGCUCACAGUUUCAUGGUUAGAGUCCCAUGGCCACUGGGAGAGGACGGGGUGUGGGAGCAGGCAGGCAUGAUGGAGCAUAGCUUAGAGCUCACCUCUUGGGACACAAGUACAGGAGCAAGCUAACCAGGAGCCCACCUCCAGGGACACACCUCAGCAUUACCAAAUAGUUCCACCAACUGAGACCAGUAUUCAAACCUGUGAACCUACAGAGGCCGUUCUCAUUCAAACCACCAAAAUGUUCGACAUUUACAAAUGUUGGCAUUUACAAAGUUAGGGGUUUUUCCAGGUGCGAUGCUCCAUGCCUUUAAUCCCAUGGGAGGCAGAAGCAGGUGGUCUGAGCUGGAGACCAGUCUGGUCUACACAGUGAGAGACCCUGUCUGCAAACAAACGUUUUAUAAGUUUGAUUCCAAACCACACGCUCAGCUUUCUCACUGUGCAUUAGAAUUAUAAAUGGAAAUCACAACUGGAUUUUUGUGUUUAAUAACUUGGCCUGUAUGGGUGAUUUUACCUGUAUGUAUUGUCUGUGCACUGUGUGCAUGCAGUGCCUGUGGAGGCCUGGAGAAGGUAUUGAAUCCCCUGGAGUACUAUGGGUACUGGGAAUUGAAACCUGGGUCUUCUGAAAGAGCAGCCAGUGCUCUUAACUGCUAAGCCAUCUCUCCAGCCCUUGGGUUUUUUUUUUUUUUUUUUUUUUGAAGAUAGUUGAUUCCGUCUUUUAAAAUUAAGAAAAGAAAUACAUGCUGUGUGGUGGUGGCACACGCCCCAGCACUUGAGAGACAGAGAAGGCCUCUCUCCGAGUUCAAGGCCAGCCUGGUCUACAGAGCGAGUUUCAGGACAGGCUCCAGAGCUACAGAGAAACCCUGUCUCGAAAAGCCAAAAAAGAAAAGAAAUACACACAGAAUCUCUUCAUACCAGGAAAUUUAUUUCUGGCAAUCUGAAAAUUAAGAGAAAAAAAAAAAAGAUGCCAGUACUUAAGAUUUUGUACUUAAGAUUUGACCAAGUUAUAUUAAUUUUGGGUUUUAAAAAAAUCAUUUAAAAAUGAGUGAGGGACUGGAGAGAUGACUCAGGUUAAGAGCACUGGCUGCUCUUUCAGAGGUCCUGAGUUUAAUUCCCAGCAACCACAUGGUGGCUCACAGCUAUCUAGUAUAAGAUUUGGUGCCCUCUUCUAGCGUGAAGGCAGACAUGCUAGAACACUGUAUACAUAAUAAAUCCUAAAAAAAAUAAAAAUGAGUGAAUAAACCAGGCCUGGUGGCACACUCCUUUAGUCCCAGCACUCGGGAGUCAGAGACAGGUGGCUCUCUGUGAGUUUGAGGCCAGCCUGGUCUCCAAGGAGUUCUGGGAUAACCAGGACUGUUACACAGAGAAACCGUGUCUCGAGAGAAAAAGUAAAUAAAUUACAGUAAAAAAAAAAAAAUGGUAUGACUGAAUGACUCUUCAUUGAAAAGUGUGUAGGAGCAAACUUCCAGAUCAUAUGAGAAUCUGCCAGUUUUUGCUUUUUCCAAAUAAAGAUCUAGCGACCUUCCAGCCGUGUUUGUGUGUGCCUCUCCCUCCCCACACUGGGAUUAAAGGAAGGUGCCACGCUUUUGAUGUGGGUGCUGGCGAUCAAACUCCGUUUUCAUGCUUUCAUGGCUUGCACCUCUAAGCCACACCCCUAGUCCAGCAUAUUUCCUUCAUGACCCGCCCCUUUGACCUGUCCAUCUGGACACAUUUUGGUCAGACGGAAGGCUCUCCUCGCCUGCCUUGGCUCUCCAUUCUGAUGCUUGGGUAACCAGCUAAGAGUCACCAAUAAUGGUGUGGCUGUCCCAUUAAGGGGGGAGACAAUCUAAGAACUUCUUAAUGUCAUUUAGCCAACAGCAAGUCCACGUUUGCAUUCUCUGCGUCACUGUGUCCUCUGUCCUCCCUGUGACAUGAGUCUGAAUCUGUGCCUGCCCUGUAGGCGGUCUUGUGACUCUGUCCUUGUAGCUGUGUCUGUGUUCGUGUGUGCGUGUCCCUUAUGCUUUUCUCUGUAUUUGUGACCAUCACAGAAAGCAUUGCAUGGGGAACGAGGGAGGGGAACUUCACAGACACUGUUAACCGUUUUCCAGCUCGCCCAGACAACAGUGUUUAUAAAGCUGCGCUGAAUGUGUGUAACGUUUAUGGUGGAUGUCCAUCUUAGAGGACUGUCCAGCUCCUGUGUUGCUGCUUUCAGCAAAUGAUCGCUAAAACACAUACGUAUUCUU